CUUCUACUUCUUCAUUUUCUCUACUCGUCACUCAGUUACUUGAGUAGCAGACAAAGUAAUACUGAUACUAGUCCAUGGAGGACAAGAAGAAGCCAUCAAUUUCGUCGCCUGCUACCAAGUUCUUUAUUGUUUUGUUAUUCAUCUUCUUUUUGGAUAUUCAUGGUGGCGGCCAUUAUAGUUUCCAUGCAUCUGCCAGAAAACUGUCAAAUGUGGAGGAGGAAAACAGAAGUGUAGUAGACAUUAGUAAUAAUGAAAAUUCAGCCACCAGCGGCAGCAGGAGGAGUCUGCUCUCCAAUGGCCUCGCCAUAACUCCUGCAAUGGGGUGGAAUAGCUGGAAUCACUUUGCCUGCAACGUUAGCGAGAAACUUAUCAAAGAAACGGCUGAUGCACUGGUUUCAACUGGCCUGUCCAAGCUUGGUUAUCAAUAUGUGAACAUAGAUGAUUGCUGGGCAGAAAUUAACCGUGAUGACAAGGGAAAUCUAGUGCCUAAGAAGUCUACAUUUCCUUCGGGCAUGAAAGCCCUUGCAGACUAUAUCCACAGCAAGGGACUCAAGUUGGGAAUCUACUCGGAUGCAGGGUAUUAUACUUGUAGCAAGCAAAUGCCAGGUUCUCUUGGUUACGAGGAAAAAGAUGCAAAGACCUUUGCAUCAUGGGGUAUAGAUUAUCUCAAGUAUGAUAACUGCAACAAUGAUGGCUCGAAGCCAGUCGAGAGAUAUCCUGUAAUGACCAAUGCCCUGAUGAAAUCUGGCCGUCCUAUAUACUUCUCCCUAUGUGAAUGGGGAGAUAUGCACCCUGCUCUAUGGGGAGGAAACUUAGGCAAUAGCUGGAGAACCACAAAUGACAUAAGUGACACUUGGGAAAGCAUGGUCUCCAGAGCAGACGAGAAUGAAGUAUAUGCAGAAUAUGCAAGGCCAGGCGGCUGGAACGAUCCUGACAUGCUUGAGGUGGGAAAUGGAGGAAUGACAAAAAAUGAAUAUAUUGUCCACUUCAGUAUUUGGGCUAUUUCCAAGGCUCCCCUUCUGAUUGGCUGUGACGUAAAUAAUAUAAGAAAAGAGACAAUGGAAAUUCUUGGCAACAAAGAGGUUAUUGCAGUUAACCAAGAUAAGUUUGGAGUUCAAGCUAAAAAGGUCCGAAUGCUGGGUGAUUUGGAGGUAUGGGCUGGGCCACUUUCGGAUUACAGAGUAGCUGUGCUGCUCGUGAACCGCAGCACAAGGCGGGACUCCAUCACGGCCCACUGGGAAGACAUUGGGCUGCCCCUAAAGACUGUUGUUACUGUAAGAGAUCUUUGGGAGCACCAGACUUUGAAGAAAAAGUUUGUGGGCAGCUUAACUGCUACAGUGGAUUAUCAUGCCUCCAAGAUGUACAUCUUCACCCCAGUUAGGUCUUGAUAGAUCAGGAUUCAUCAGACUUACCUAUUUUUCAUCUCAUUUUGCAUUGUUGGAUAGGUAGAUGUGUUGCUGUCACUGGCUAAGGUCAAACACUUAAAAUUGUUCCCAAGAAGAGCAAACAUCUCUUCUGUUUCUUUGUGGGGGCAUCUUUCAAUUAUUGUCUCAACAAAAUUAUGGAGUAAAAUUAAGUCUUGUGCAAGGUAAGAGAUAGUUUUGUGGA